AUGCGCCGUGCUGUCCAGGUCAAUAGCAAAACCGUUGAUGGAGUGAAGGAGACAGUCGAUAACACUGCUGGCGGUGCUGUUGAGAAGGUUAAGAACACCGCUGAUGGCGCUGUUGAGAAAGUCAAGGACACUGCCAAUGGUGCUGUCGAGACAGUAAAGAACACCGCUGAUGGCGCUGUUGAGAAAGUCAAGGAAACUAACACUGCUGGUAGUGCUGUUGAGAAAGUCAAGAACACCGCUGAUGGCGCUGUUGAGAAAGUCAAGAACACUGCUAAUGGUGCUGUCGAGACAGUAAAGAACACCGCUGAUGGCGCUGUUGAGAAAGUCAAGGAGACUGUUGGCAAUGUUGCAGAUGUAGACGUUGAAGUUUUGAAGCGUGACAUCUCUGUCGAUGAGACUGUCACGACGAUCAAGGAUGCUGCUAAUGAGGCUGGCUCCAAGGUCAAGGACGCGGUUGACCCCACUGUCACUGCUUAUGAGAACCCCACUGCUGAGGGUGUGAACACUCCAACUUUGAGACCUCGCCGUCAAUACUUUGUUGCAGGACAUGGUCACCGUCAUCAGCGCCAUCACCGCAUCCUUUAA